UGCCUGGCUCUGUUCCAGAAGCUGAAGUGGGUGACCUAUUGGUUCAGGCUUCAGAACACAACGCUGUUCUUCUACACCAAGAAACACGGAAGUGCUUCCCACCUGAGAGGCCAUUACUACAUAUACACAGUUCAGUCAGUCCGCGAAGUGAAGUCUGACAACAAGCAGUUUGUUUUUGAAAUCACCAUGAAAAAUGGGAAGAAGAAAGUGCUGGCCGCGGAGACGGAGGAGCUGCGAGCGGCGUGGACGGGCCUGCUGUGGAAAGCCAUGCAGCUCCCAGGGCCGGGCCACCCGGACUCCGCCUGCGUCUGGCACGACGUGGCCGACCUGAAGGAGCGCGCGGGCCCCCGCCAUCACAGCAGCUCCGAGUCGGACAGCGGGGCGUCCGGCGGACGGCCCAGCUCCUUCUCCAGCUUCACGGACCCGAGGGGGCUGGCGCAGCCGCCCACCGGGCCCCCCCUCGAUGCAGGAAGGGCCUGGAGUAUCCAGAGAACGAGUCCUGCGGUGGAGGAGAAUUACCAGCAGGGGGAGCGAGAGGCCACCUCCAGCGUCCUGGGGUACAGUGAAGCUCAGCACCAGAGCAUCGCUGCGCAAGAGGAGGAAGAGGAGGAGGGCCUGUAUGAUGUGCCAACGUCGAACCGAGAAGCCAGAGGAGAAAGCGCCCAGGGCAGCAGUGCCAUUAUCACAGAAAGCAUCUAUGAUGUUCCAAAGUCUUUGCUAAGAAAAGCUUCUGAAAGCCGACUGGAGGUCCUCUCCGGGGUUGAGACCUUGACGCUUCUGGACGACAUUAAGCUCAGCCUGGGCAGCGAUCACGUCAGCUGGAUAAACAGCAGCUCCACCAGUUAGGACUGCUGCACUAUGGGGCUGGUUCUUAUUUCUCCUGCUUCCACUUUCUGUGGCCCAUCAGGAAAUUGGACUCUCAUUGCUGAGCUGAAGCCUUGCAUUACAGGCUUCUGCGCACAUUGUUGAAGCUGCAAAGCAAAUUUCUUUACAGGACUGUUGAGGAUAUUUUAAUCCAGAUAUAAACAUUAAAUAUAACAUCAAGGGUCACCUUAGAUGUACUUAAGCAUUCAGUCUAUCAUUACUGAGUCCUUGAAGGAUUAUGAAAAGAAAUGGUAAUAUGAAAAUAUUAUAGAAAAUAAGUGUAUCGUUCUGUAUAAAGUAUGUUUCAUUUGGGA